GUUCUGUCAGCCCCUGCUGAUUGGUGGAAGAACUCGGGAGGCAAUGUCUGUUCUCCACGACGAAGUGGAAAUUGAGGACAUGGAGUAUGACGAAGAUGAGGAGACCUACUUCUAUCCAUGUCCGUGUGGUGACAAAUUCCAGAUUACGAAGGAGGAGCUGGAAAACGGAGAAGAUAUUGCACGCUGUCCCAGUUGUUCGUUGAUGAUCCGAGUUAUUUACGACUUGGUUAGUUGUUACUUCAAAUGCCCCAAUAUUUUCAGGACACUUUUUUGA